AUGCCUUCGCACCAGCCCACCAGCGGCAUGGCUGCCGUCGACCCCACAUACCUCGACAUGAGCAAGAGGCCGAACGCACAAGCAAAGGCCUCGGAGCCCAACCGAAACCCCGAUUACAAGCCAAACAAGCCACACAUCACCGAUACACCGAUAACGAAGAAGAACUGGCACAAACACGUCAACUGGCUAAAUGUGUUCCUCAUCGGCGGAAUCCCACUCAUGGGUUGCAUUGCCGCGUUCUGGACACCCUUGACACUCAAGACCGCCAUCUGGGCCGUUGCCUACUACUUCGCGACCGGUCUCGGCAUCACCGCUGGCUACCACAGACUAUGGGCACACACGUCCUACAAGGCAUCGCUACCUCUCAAGAUUUUCUUGGCUGCUGUUGGCGGCGGCGCUGUUGAGGGAUCGAUCAGAUGGUGGGCCCGGGACCACAGAGCCCACCACCGCUACACCGACACCGAGAAGGACCCCUACAGCGUCCGCAAGGGCCUGCUCUACUCGCACUUAGGCUGGAUGAUCAUGAAGCAGAACCCGAAGCGCAUCGGCCGCACCGACAUCUCCGAUCUCAACGAUGACCAGGUCGUCGUCUGGCAGCACAAGCACUACCUCACGGUCGUUGCCUUCAUGGGCCUGAUCUUCCCGACCCUCGUGUCCGGCCUCGGGUGGGGUGACUGGAUGGGCGGCUUCAUCUACGCCGGCAUCCUGCGUAUCUUCUUCGUGCAGCAAGCCACCUUCUGCGUCAACUCUCUCGCGCACUGGCUCGGCGACCAGCCCUUCGACGACCGCAACUCCCCCCGCGACCACGUCAUCACCGCGCUCGUGACCCUCGGCGAAGGCUACCACAACUUCCACCACGAGUUCCCGUCCGACUACCGCAACGCGAUCGAGUGGCACCAGUACGACCCGACCAAGUGGAGCAUCGUGCUUUGGAAGUGGCUCGGCCUCGCCUACGACCUGAAGCAGUUCCGCAACAACGAGAUCCAGAAGGGCAAGGUGCAGCAGCAGCAGAAGAAGCUCGACCAGAAGCGCGCACAGCUCGACUGGGGUGUCCCGCUCGACCAGCUCCCCGUCAUGGAGUGGGACGACUAUGUCGAGCAGGCCAAGAACGGCCGCGACCUCAUCGCCGUGGCUGGUGUUGUGCACGAUGUCUCGGACUUCAUCAAGGACCACCCCGGCGGGCGUGCCAUGAUCAAGUCGGGUCUCGGCAAGGACGCCACUGCCAUCUUCAACGGGGGUGUCUAUAUGCACAGCAAUGCCGCGCACAACUUGCUCAGCACCAUGCGCAUCGGAGUUAUCCGUGGUGGCUGCGAGGUCGAGAUCUGGAAGAGGGCCCAGCGCGAGAACAAGGAUAUCCAGUAUGUCAAGGACGAUGCGGGUAACCGGAUCGUCAGGGCCGGCGACCAGGUCACCAAGGUGCAGCAGCCGAUUGCUAGUGCUGGUGCUGCAUAG